AUGAUGGCGAUCAUGGUGCGGCGAUCAACCAUGGUGAGGCCGGCGAGGGAGACGUUGCGGACUCGGCUAUGGAACUCCCACCUCGACCUACUGGUGCCGCGCUUCCACACGCCCAGCGUCUACUUCUACCGCCGCCCCGUGGAGAUAGCAGCCAUGGAAGGCUUCUUCGACGGCGAGCGGAUGUGGCAAGCGCUGGCGGAGGCACUCAUCACCUUCUACCCGAUGGCUGGCCGCCUUGCCCGGGACAAGGAGGGGAGGGUGGAGAUCGACUGCAACGGUGAGGGGGUACUCUUCGUCGAGGCCGAUGCGCCGGACUCCACUAUCGCUGACUAUGGCGACUUCGCGCCCACCAUGGAGCUCAGUCGCCUCAUCCCGGCCAUUGACUACACCCAGGAAAUAUCAUCCUUCCCACUCGUCGUUCUCCAGGUGACCUACUUCAAGUGUGGAGCUGUCUCCCUCGGUGUUGGAACACAACACCAUGUCGCUGAUGGCAUGUCCGGGUUGCACUUCAUUAACUCAUGGUCUGAUCUCUGCCGUGGGGCUAAAAUUGCAGUCAUGCCCUUCAUUGACCGCACCCUGAUCCGCGCUCGAGACCCCCCAACUCCAUGUCACCCACAUGUUGAGUAUCAUCCAUCCCCAGCAUUGUUGCCAUCCAUAACCCAGGAUCUCUCUUAUAAGGCAACAUCGUCUGGCACUACUGUUGACAUCUUCAAGCUCACCAGCUCAGACAUUGGCCGCUUGCGCUCGCAGCUUCCCAAAGGCGACGAUAUUUCACGGUUCAGCACAUACACAAUGCUAUCUGCGCAUGUCUGGCGUUGUGUCUCUCGCGCGCGUGGCUUGCCAUCUGAACAGCCUACCAAGCUGUAUUGUGCCAUUGAUGGGCGGAAACGGCUGAAUCCCCCACUACCAGAAGGUUUCUUAGGCAAUGUGUUGUUCACCGCCACACCGAUUUUGGAGGCAGGCUGUUGUGCCGCUUCUUCUUCUAUCCCUCGUUGUCUGUCACAACUCUCUCCUCUCUCAAGCGAACAAGAUCGCACACUUGGAAGGAACACACACACACCUCACCGUGGAGGAACCAGCUUUGCUUUGUUCUCCCGGUCAGACACACAUAUGCUACAUCCUUUCUCCUCAGCCCUCUCGGCCUCACUCCUUUCAUUACUCCGAUGCAAGAUAUAUAUACACAUAGCCAGGGGCUAA